AUGAAUAUUAUCAAUAAUGCUAAUGUUUAUGAUAUUUAUCCCAGUCAUUCAAUUACAUUAAAACCAAAUACAGAACGAUUUAUACUUGUUGGCAAAAAGUCAUCAUCGACUUCAGCUAAUAUUGCUGUUAUUUUUAUUAUUUCAAAUCAAAUACAUCGUAAAGAAUUAAAGAUCGAUAAAGUAGAUUCAACAUCUGAAAAUUAUGGAUUAUUACGACGAUUAUAUGCUAAACAAAUGUUAAGUGAAUUAAGUGCAUUUCCAGAACAAAAUAAAAAGCGUAUUUUAGAUAUUGGUUUGAAAUAUUCACUUGUAAGUAAUUUUACAUCAAUACUCGUUCUAGAAACAUUACAACAACAUAUCGAACAUAAGAUAUGUACACAUCAAUCACGUAGAAAAUUAUAUAACGAUUAUAUGACUUAUCAAAAUAAUAAAAAACAAGAAGAAUUAACUAAAAAUUGGACGAGCCAGUCAUUUCGAGAUCUAGCAUUAUCAUUACAAGAAUCUAAUUCUGAAACAAAGAACCUUAUAGAAAUAUCAGAUCUAUAUAAGAAAGUUAUAUUUGGUGAAUGGGAUAAACGUUAUUCAGAAAUUGAAGUUACAACAUUGCAUGAAUUGAAUUGUUUCAUAUUUCAAUUUCAUCAACAACAACAAAUAUUGAAUUCAAUUGAUAAUCGUCUUAUUCGUCAUUUACCUGUUGACUUAAGAAUUGUUAUGGUUUGGGAUACAAAUGAUACAGAUGUUGAUUUACAUGUCAUCGAACCGAUAGGUGAAGAAUGUUAUUAUUCUCAUAAAAAUACAGCUAUUGGUGGUAUGAUAAGUCGUGAUUUUACACAAGGGUAUGGACCAGAAGAAUAUCUUGUUCGAAAGGCAGUCAAAGGUACAUAUAUAGUUCGAGCAAAAUAUUUUGCUAAUCAUCAACAAAGUCUAAUUGGUACAACGACAAUCAUGGUACAUAUUUAUAAAUAUUAUGGACAAUCAAAUCAGCAAAAAGAAAUUGUUACAUUACGAUUGAGUAGUAAUCAAGAAACGAUCGAUGUAUGCAAAGUGAAUUCCAAUGAUGAUAUUCAACAAAUUUCAAACAAUACAGUAACGAAUAAUCAAAAUUUGAAUACGAAUAUUCAUUUACAUGUGACAUGUGAUGGAUGUGAUAUGUCACCAAUAAAAGGAGAUCGUUACAAAUGUUUAUUUUGUCCCGAUAUUGAUUUUUGUCAAUCAUGUAAAUCUAUUAGUAGAACAAAUCAUAAUUCGAAUCAUCAAUAUAAUCAUCCAUUAUUAUGUAUUAAAGAUUCCAGUGAAUAUCCAAAGUCAGAUUACUUAAAUAAUCAUAAUAAAAUCAAUCAUAAGAAUAAUCAAUGUAAUUCAUGUUUUAUGAAGCCGAUUAUUGAUAUUCGUUAUAAAUGUACUUGUGGAAUUAAUUUAUGUGAAAAAUGUGAAUUCAUGGGUUUACAUGAUACAGAUCAUCGUCGUACAAAAAUAGUUAAAUCAGAAUGGUUCCAUUCAAAUUUUGACUGGUGGACUUCUAUUAAAUAA